CAGCCAUGACAGGGCUCUUCUCCAGGGACGUGCAGGUGAAGACCAUGGAGCAGACAGUGUCCACCACAGAGAAGCUCCUGAGUCAGCUGUGCUCUGUGCUGGCGGCUUACACCAGGAAGACGGCCGGCCUGAGGGAUAAAGGGGACGCUCUGGUGGGACAGCUCCUGGACCUGUCCCGCUCUGAAGACCCUGAGCUCCAGCUGGGACUCAAGAACCUGGCUGAAGACCUGGCCAUGGUGCAGGACUACAGACAGGCACAGGUGGAGAGGCUGGAGAGCAGGGUGGUGGCUCCUCUCAAAGCAUAUGGAGACAUCAUCAAGAACAAGAGGACAGAAGUGAAGAAGUUCAGUGCAGACCGGAGCAGAGAGAUGAAGGAGAUCCAGAAGCUGGAGAAGAUCAGGCUGAAGAACCCUGCAGAUCGCCAGAGCAUUUCUCAGGCCGAGGUGAGCGCUCAGAAGGCCUCUAACAAUGCCCAGAGGAGCACCAAGCUCAUGGAGGAGGCCAUCAUGGACUUCCAGAAGAACAGGCUGGAGGACAUCAAGACCAUCUUCACAGACUUCAUCACAGUGGAGAUGCUGUUCCACGCCAAAGCUCUGGAGAUCUACACCCACACCUUCCACAACCUGGAGGCCAUGGACCUGCACAGAGACCUAGAGCUGUUCGGUGGGCGAGUGCGUGCGUCUGACUUCUUGACCACUCGUGUGGACAGUCCUGUGAGUGGACACUCUCUUUACAACAGCCCCCUGCAGAGCUCCAGCACUCGAGGGAGCCCCAGUAUCCGAGGGGGCCUCAGGGAGUACCCGGGACCACAGGCUCACCCCAUACCCAGGCCCCGCAGCACCUUAAGGCGACAGAGGCACACGGAGGAGCCCCAGAGAGAGGAGGAGGAGGAGGAAGAAGAAGAAGAAGAGGAGGAAGAGGAGGAGUCAGACACAGAGGCCCCGCCCACCAGACGCUCAUAUGCCGCCCAGUACUCUCAGAUGCGCAGAUGGAAAAACUGA